AUGCUUGCUGUACAUUCAGAACAAGGUGGUACAGUCGAACAAAAAGGUAGGAGUACUAAUGGGAGCAAAAUAUACAAAAAGAUCGAGCUCGGACAACUUACUCCCCAUAAUAUCAAGCAAUUCAGAUUGAUAAAUCAAACUGUAUUCCCAGUCACAUACACAGAGAAAUUUUAUAGUGACGUUCUAAAGAAUAGUAAGAUGUGCAGACUUGCUUACUUUAAUGAUAUCGUCGUCGGAGCUGUUAGUUAUCGGGUAGAGAAUGUUGUUGUGAAGAAUGUCGAUUUGGCUACGGAUGAUAAUAACGGCCAAGCUAAUCAAACUGUCAAGAAGUGUUAUAUUAUGACUUUGGGAUGUCUUGCACCAUACAGAGGCUAUGGUGUUGGUACGCUUAUGUUAAAACAUGUCAUUAAGAGCUGUUUGAAGCACGGUGGUAUUAAAAGUAUUUAUCUGCAUGUUCAUGUUGGUAAUGAAGGCGCAGUAGCGUUCUACAAACGUUUCGGUUUUGAAAUAACUGGAGAAGUUAGUGAUUACUACCGCCGUAUUCAUCCUCAAACUGCCUACGUGCUCGAAAGGUCCUUGUCAGCUACAGAAGCCAGGGAAUCCGACUCAGAAUCCGAUUAA